CCAUUUCCAUUAAUGGGAAGAAGUAGUUCAGGGUUCAUUAAUCCCGAGACAAGGGCAGCGAAUAAAAGAGGGAAGAGGAUGGGGAAGGCUAUAUAUGGGAGAAAGAAAGGUUUCAUUUUUUGCUCAUUGGCCCCUUGGAGGUAGAAAUACAUGGCUGGUGCUUUACUUUGUGUCAGAUUUGCUGUUGGGAAUGUCGGUAAGGUUAGAAAGGACGGCCUUUAAAUGCCGCUGCAAUUUUCAAACCUGGAGGUGGGCGAGAAAGGACAUCUGUGACAACAGUCUUCUCUAAUUGAACUUUUUCGAGAUUCUCUGAAGGAGCCAAUAGGACUUUUCUGCAUCAUGACUUAAUCUGAAUACAAGAACAAAAAAUAAAUUUUAUUUUUAAGUAUAAUGAAGGGCUGCGUAUGAACACUGACCCCCAACUAAAUUCUAAUGAGCAUUUUAGACAUGAGUUUACAUCGGCAAAUGGGUUCAGAUAGAGAUCUUCAGUCUUCUGCCUCAUCUGUGAGCUUGCCUUCUGUCAAAAAGGCACCCAAAAAGAGAAGAAUUUCAAUAGGCUCGCUCUUUCGGAGGAAAAAGGACAACAGGCGUAAAUCAAGGGAGCUCAAUGGCGGAGUGGAUGGAAUUGCAAGUAUUGAAAGUAUACAUUCUGAAAUGUGUAUGGAUAAGAACUCCAUUUUCUCUACAAAUACCUCUUCUGACAAUGGAUUGACUUCAAUCAGCAAACAAAUUGGAGACUUCAUAGAAUGUCCUUUGUGCCUAUUGCGGCAUUCUAAAGACAGAUUUCCUGAUAUAAUGACAUGUCACCAUAGAUCUUGUGUGGAUUGCUUACGACAAUACCUAAGGAUAGAAAUCUCUGAAAGUAGAGUUAAUAUCAGUUGUCCAGAAUGUACCGAACGGUUUAAUCCCCAUGACAUUCGCUUGAUAUUAAGUGAUGAUGUCUUAAUGGAAAAAUACGAAGAGUUUAUGCUUCGACGAUGGCUUGUUGCAGAUCCUGACUGUAGGUGGUGUCCAGCUCCAGACUGUGGAUAUGCCGUGAUAGCAUUUGGAUGUGCCAGCUGUCCCAAAUUGACCUGUGGGCGAGAAGGCUGUGGGACAGAGUUUUGCUACCACUGUAAACAGCUCUGGCAUCCAAACCAGACCUGUGAUGCUGCUCGGCAGGAGAGAGCCCAGAGUUUACGCUUAAGGACGAUACGUUCUUCAUCCAUUAGUUACAGCCAGGAGUCCGGAGCAGCAGCUGAUGAUAUAAAGCCGUGCCCACGAUGUGCUGCUUAUAUAAUAAAGAUGAAUGAUGGGAGCUGCAAUCAUAUGACAUGUGCUGUCUGUGGUUGUGAGUUUUGUUGGUUGUGCAUGAAAGAAAUAUCCGAUUUACAUUAUCUAAGUCCAUCAGGUUGUACUUUCUGGGGGAAGAAACCCUGGAGCCGGAAGAAGAAGAUCCUGUGGCAGCUGGGGACCCUUGUUGGCGCUCCGGUCGGGAUCGCGCUGAUAGCCGGCAUUGCCAUCCCUGCCAUGAUCAUCGGCAUCCCUGUGUAUGUGGGCCGCAAGAUUCAUAAUCGCUAUGAAGGCAAAGAUGUUUCAAAACACAAGCGGAAUCUGGCCAUAGCAGGUGGUGUAACACUGUCUGUAAUUGUAUCUCCGGUGGUAGCUGCAGUGACUGUAGGCAUUGGUGUUCCCAUUAUGUUAGCUUAUGUCUAUGGCGUUGUUCCAAUUUCCCUCUGCCGCAGCGGGGGUUGUGGAGUCUCAGCAGGCAACGGGAAAGGGGUGAGGAUUGAGUUUGAUGAUGAGAACGACGUGAAUGUUGGUGGAGCUAACACGGCUAUGGACACAACAUCAGUAGCAGAAGCAAGGCACAACCCCAGCAUAGGAGAAGGGAGUGUUGGUGGUCUGACUGGCAGUUUGAGUGCAAGCGGAAGCCACAUGGACCGAAUAGGCACCAUCAGAGACAACCUGAGCGAGACAGCCAGCACCAUGGCCCUCGCUGGAGCGAGUAUAACAGGAAGUCUGUCGGGAAGUGCCAUGGUCAGUUGUUUCAACAGGUUGGAGGUGCAAGCAGAUGUCCAGAAGGAGCGGCACAGUCUAAGUGGGGAGUCCGGCACAGUGAGCCUGGGGACAGUGAGUGACAGUGCCAGCACCAGAGCAAUGGCCGGCUCCAUCCUGAACUCCUACCUCCCUCUGGACAGAGAAGGGAACAGCAUGGAAGUGCAAGUGGACAUCGAGUCAAAGCCGCUCAAGUUCCGGCACCACAGUGGCAGCAGCAGCGUGGAGGACGGCGGUGCUGCCCGGGGCCACACCGGAGCGCCAGCCGGUGGACUGCCCGAAGGGAAGGCUGGUGCCGCCAAGUGGUCCAAAGAAGCCGCCGCAGGGAAAAAAUCAAAAGGUGGUAAAGUGAGGAAAAAGGGGAACAUGAAGAUCAACGAGACCAGAGAGGACAUGGAUGCGCAGUUGCUGGAACAGCAGAGCACGAACUCGAGUGAAUUUGAGGCGCCGUCCCUCAGUGACAGUAUGCCGUCUGUAGCCGACUCCCACUCUAGUCAUUUUUCUGAAUUUAGCUGUUCAGACUUGGAAAGCAUGAGAACAUCGUGUAGUCACGGUUCCACGGAUUGUCACGCCCGCUUUGCGACUGUGAACACCCUUCCUGAGGUGGAAAAUGACCGUCUGGAGAAUUCACCCCAUCAGUGCGGCAGUUCUCUGCUUUCCAAAACUGCUUCCUGUUCAGAAGGCCCGCAGCCGAUUCGUGCGGAAGAGCUCGGCACCGGCAGAAGCGGGGUGAAGCCGAGUGGGGAUUUGUGCUUUGGCGAUGCACUGAAAGAAACAAAUAACAACCACCCACAGCAGACAGUGGACCUGAAAGUUGCCAUUCACACUGAAAUUUAGGCCCGUAAUGCUGCAGAGAAAUAACCACUGAACAGCCUUGUUUGGAGCUGGUUGAGCCAUGUGCGACUGUUAGGUUUAAGUUACCAGCAAAAGCCAGGUUUCAUAAUCAUAAUGCAAAUACAUUUUGUAUGUUCAGCAAAGCAUUGUGUUUCAUGUGGAUAUUAAUUACCAAAUUAUGAAAUGAAGGCUUUAAAAGUGCAUUAUUAGGAGAAUCAUAACUUAAGCAAAAGGCAUGUUUUGUGUUCUUGUCACAGAACACUGCUGAUGCACACACCUGUGUAUUUAGAUAGAAAUUGGCUUCAUUAUAAUCAGACGAUCCUCACGCUGUUCUACUGCAUUCUUAAGGAAAAUGGAGGCUUGGGGUGAGUGGUUAGUGACAUUUUAUUGAAACCACUAAGGAUGGUGUUUGGAGGAACUCGGCAGGUUACUCGGUGUGUGAUGCUCUUCGUCACAUUUCUCUUCUAGCUGAGCUUCCGUUUCCUUGUUUCUUCACAUGCAGUGUGGAGACAAAGCUUCAUGCAGCCCGUUGUAACCAUUGGAUACUUAGACACUUGAGCAAGAUUGUGGCAGUUUUUGCACAACUUUGAAGUAGAAAUACUUGGUACUGUUACAUAGCUCAUCUGUUCUUCAUGCCGUUUUAGAAGAAAAAGGUAAAAGUAGGUAAUUAAGUAUCCUGACCACAACAACCACGACAUAAAACUACAAAGUGAAAUCCCAUUAGGACCCAAUACCACAAAAGUCACCUUCACUGAGGGGAGUUAGUGCCCUUUGACUCCUGGUGCCUUUGGGAGAGACUGGGUUUUACAAGCCUAGUUAUUUGAGGAUUUUGCUAUAUCAUUUCCCAUAAUGUCUUCUCUAGUUACCUUGGAUUAUAUAGAAAAAUACAGGAAAUAGAUAAACGUGAAUGUGAUUAUUAACUAUGCUGAAAAAGUAUUCGCCUACCAAAGACACACUCAGGCUUUAGUAAAUUUAAUGUUACAUAACCUCAAUUUUUAACUUGUCUAUCUUUUCGAACCAUGAAAUCAAAGCAAUGCAGAGCUUGCACCAAGCUUCUUCAAAAGGUCUAUGGCUUUGUUUCCUUUGGCUUUUGUUUAUGGAGGAUGCUCAGCUGACACAAGCAGAAGCUGGCCACAAUACUGCCUGGACUACUCCCUUCCCACGGAACUCCCAGUAGACUGACCUCACAGCAGCCACAUGCUCCACUUUAGGUGUUGCUUUGAAGUAUUGCCAUGAUGGUGCUACUGAGCAUUUUCUUUUGAUAAAGGAAAAUGUCCCGGGCUGCAGUUGUUCACCGUCGUUUCCUCACUGCGUCCAUUAACUUGCUUGUAUAACACUAGUGCCAGUUAUUUUAUUUGAUAAUGCUUAUUAUGGUAUUUGUACAUUUGUUUGCAUUCCAGUUUUGUUCAAUAAUGAGUGUGUAAACAGCAUACAUGAAAUAAAUGUAAAUACUAAUGAAUUUGGUGCGUGCACAGAAAUUUUUACAAGAACAAAUACUCAUUUGGUGUAUUAGUGGGCGUUUUCUAGAGGGACAGAACUGAUAAAGUGAAUAUGUAUGUAGAAAGGAGAUUUAUUGUGGCUUACAGGCUGUGGUUCAGCUAGUCCAACAAUGGCUCUCUACCAAUGGAAAGCCCAAGAAUCUAGUAGCUGUUCAGUCCAUGAGGCUGGAUGUCUCAGCAGGUCUUCAGGAUACACCAGCGAAGUAGGCUCUAAUGCCAGUAAAGGAAAGGACUUCACUUCUGCAAAGGGCAGAAGCUUCCUUCUUCAUGUCCUUUAUAUAGGCUGCUGGCAGCCGGUGUGGCCAGAUUAAAGGUGGAUCUCAGAAGAUCCAGAUUAAGAGUGGGUCUUCCCAUUUCAAAUAACUUAAUUAAAAAUAACCCCUCACAAAUGUUUCACCUGCUUGGGUUUUAAAUGAAUUCCAGAUGUAGUCAAGUUCACGACCAAGGAUAGCCAUCACAUUUGCUAUAUAGCAAAAUUCAUCAACAUUACAAGCCAUUGAGAUGAUUCUGGUCUCAACCCAAAAGAAAAUAUUUGCUGAACUUUUCAACCAACAGCAUUAGAAACCAACCUUUUUCUCCGUAUCAGAUUCCCACCUUUACCCCAGGGAAAAAAAAAUGAUUUUACGAGUGAACUGAGGCCAGGUGUGGUGGUGUCCUAGAGGCAGAAGCAGGAAGAUCUCUAAGUUCAAGUCCAGCCUUGAACAUAGUGAGCUCUAGCCCAGGGUUACUCAUUGAGACCCUGUCUCCAGAAAUGAAAAGAGUGAGUUGGAAGCUAAGGAUGGGGCUCGGCUGUGGAACACUGGCCUAGCAUGCUUGAGGCUAUGGGUCUGAUGUCUAACACUACCUUCACCCCACCCCAAGAAAAGAUUUGUUGAAUUUUAUCUGAGCAAAGAGACCUCUUGUUGAGUUGUAGAAUAGAUUGUCACUGUAAAUUCCCACUGUAGGAAAUGAACCCAGAACUUUUAAAUUCUCACUAAUGGUUAUGAAGUCUCUUAUAACCUUUAUUUAGCCUAAUCUCUGUGAAUACGUCGACAUUUCUACAGAAGUCUAAAAGUUAAAAAUGAAUGGGAAAGCCAGAUACCUUUUAAGGACUACAGCAAAAGUGGUGUCGUUAAGACGCCAGUGUGCCCGUCGGUCUUGCCACCCUCUGGCGGAGCCUCUCUGUACUAGUUACUUGUCUGGUUGCUGGGACAACCCCUGGCAAAAGUAAUUUAAGGCGGUCCCAGAGUGCCGCCUCCUGGCGGGAAAGCCCUGGUAGCCAGAGCUUGAGGCAGCUGGUCGCAUUUCCUCACAGGAGAGGCAGGUGAUGAGUGCUGCCGCUCAGCUUGUGUUCAUCCCACUGGCAAGAAGAAGACCACUGCCACAAUUUAAAGCCAAAUUUGAAUCAAGCUUUAAAUACUGGCCAGGUGGAUGGACUGGCCAGGGCAUUCCAGGGUUCCCAGGAAAUGGUGACGAGUCACAUUUGCCAAGGCUUAUAAAGGCAAACCCAUAAGGUUAUGCAUUUCCCAUCAGGUCCAGAGGCAUGCAUAUCCUGACGUAUUUCCUACCUGUGAACCUCCCUUCUACAUCUAGUCAUGGGCAAGUGUACAUAUAUACCGCCUACAUAUUCAAGCCUGUCUUGUGCUGAUGGGUCAAACAAACAGGACAACCAGGAACUUAGUCUUUUCCUUUUUUAAUUUCAUGUGCCUUGGUGUUUUAUCAGCAUUCAUGUCUGUGUGAGGGUAUCAGAUCCCCUGGAACUGUAGUUUAAGACAGUUGUGAAUUGCCAUGGGUGCUGAGAAUUGAACCUGGGUCCUCUGGAAGAGCAGCCAGUCCCCUUAACCGCUGAGCCAUCUCUCCAGCCCAGGAACUUACUCUUGUUAACUGUCUUAACUACAGACAGAACUCUUAGCCUGCGAGGUGUGUUUUCCCGUUUUGGUCUCACCCUUCCUUUCUCCUUUUUCAUUCCUGGCCCCCAGCCCAGGGAGGACCCAGAGUGAAGGUGGGUUCACACUGGUUAUCCUCGUCUUGAUAAUCCCUCACAGUAUACCCAGAAGCCUGUCUCUUGGGAGAAUCUAGAUUGUCAAAUUGACAUUGUUAACCAUCACACUCAAGCUCACUUGACAAUGAGCCAGACCUUGCAGGGAUAGCUUCAAAAGUGCCUUUGUCUGCAGGCCCGGACUUGGAUUAAUUCAUGGAGGACAGUUAAAUUAAGGACCAAGUCAGAUUCCUCUAGAGUUUAAGUGAAAACCAGCCCCCAUUCACUGAAAUAUUUUAUGUGAUUUUAUUAUUUUGUGUAGUGCAGUGUUUUGUCUGUGUACCAUGUUCAUACAGCGCCCUCAGGCCGGAAGGGGGUGUCACAUCCCUUGGGACUGGAGUUACAGUUGAAUGAGUUUCCAUUUAUGUUAGAGCUGAGUUGUUGCUUUGAAGUCUGUUUUGGAGCCUGACCUGCCCUAACCUAUGCCCUUGACUUGUUUGACCCUCCCUAACCCUCAGUCCACAUGUAGACCACAUGGUGGUUUUUGAGACUUUUCUGUAUUUCCUUAUCGCUCCAUUGUCUCUCUUCUGCAAACCUGCUUUGCAAGUACUCAUGAUUUUAUUCCUUAAAAAGGGCCCAAGAAAUGGACCCGGGCUGUUCUCUUUAACCCAACUUAGAAGGCAGUCUGCUGGACAGCUCUUGUGUGCACCCCAGUAAAAUCAAGUUUGCUUCAAAUUUGGCUCAAGAUUGUGGUAGUGAUCUUACCACUCCCUGGCUCAUAAUUUACCAGUCUUAUUUGUGCUGGAAAUUGGAAUAAUUUAGAAAUAUCUAAAACUUAACAUCAUUUAUUAUCUAGUUAAUUAGAGACUUAGAUCACUAAAGGUUAAAGUUUAUGUUAAAAGCUGUCAUUUAAUUCCUACAUGACAGCUGGGUGGUGGUGGCGCACGCCUUUAAUCCCAGCGCUUGGGAGGCAGAGGCAGGUGGAUCUCUGUGAGUUCGAGGCCAGCCUGAUCUACAGAGCAAGUCCUAGGACAGGCACCAAAACUACACAGAGAAACUAUGUCUCAAAAAAAAAAAUUCCUACAUGACAUGAUCAAAAUAAGAAAUCUUGCCCCAUGGAUUAUUUGGCCUUUCUCUUUACUCAUCUAUUCAUGUAUGUGGUUCUUUUAUUGCCCUUGUCUUACAUAUCUCUCAUUUAGGUAAAUCUCAUUGCCAAGAGUUAGUGUUCACAUAGUGUUAAUCUUGAGUGACAAAAAUAGUUCCACUCUGUCCACAGCCAUUGGUUCAUUGGUAAAUAAAACUUAACUUCCAAGUUAAGAAGGACCUGUAGACAGAAACUGACCCGCAAGAUCAGUUAGUGGGACGUUUAGAGGUGAACCUUGGAAUUGAAGUGGAUGUCCUAUAGGUAGGCAAGUCUUGUUUUUGUUGAAAUGUCUUGGCUAUUGUUGGCAUUCUACAUUUCCACAAACAGCUUAGAAUGACUGUCAAGUUCUAUCUGUUCUGACAGAGUCUGCAGCUGUCUGUAAUGUCCUCUAUAUCUUGUUUCCAGGUACUGCUCUGUUACAGUAUUACCUUUUUAAAAUGGCAUUUCCUGUUUGUAACUAAUGCUAGAGAAAAAUAUCUGAUUUUUGAAUAAUUUUGUUUCUGAGGAAUUUCAUUCUUUUCAUUCUAAUAGUUCCUGAUUCCUGGAAAUAUACAUAUAAAUUGUGGGUUUUUUAAUAUUUUUUAAGGUUUAUUUAUUUAUUAUGUAUACAGAAGAGGGUGCCAGAUCUCAUUACAGAUGGUUAUGAGCCACCAUGUGGGUGCUGGGAAUUGAACUCAGGACCUCUGGAAGAGCAGUUGGUGCUCUUAACCUCUGAGCCUUAUCUCCAGCUCCGUGAAUAUUUUUAUUUAAAAACCUUUAUAGCAGACGGGCAUUGGUGGCGCACGCCUUUAAUCCCAGCACUUGGGAGGCAGAGCCGGGCGGAUCUCUGUGAGUUUGAGGCCAGCCUGGGCUACCAAGUAAGUUCCAGGAAAGGCACAAAGCUACACAGAGAAACCCUGUCUCGAAAAACCAAAAAAAAAAAAAAAAAACAAAAAAACAAAAACAAAAAAAAACUUUAUAGCCUCCCAAGUAUAGCUGCCCAAGUUUCCAUUCACAGGCAGUCAUGCCUUGCUAUUGAGUUUUGUGGGUGUUGCAUAUAAUAGAUGUCUCGGCAGUGUGUUUUGACUAUAACGUUCAGACCUUCUGGCCAUGAGCAAAUUCUUCCCUAGCCUUACAUUGUACUUACAGUCUUAGUUUUUAUUUUUAUUUAUGUAUUGGUGUUUUUUGAGAUAGGGUCUCACUAUGUAGCUUUGACUGGCCUGGGAUUUGCUCUGUAGCCCAGGCUGGCCUCCAAAUCAUAGAGAUCCGCUUGGCUCUCCCUCCAGUGCUGAGAUUAAAGGUAUGUGCCACCACUACGUCCUUCCCUGUGAGCCUCGGUUUUUUAUUGUUUCAAACAUACCAUUGAUUUUCAUGUAUUGAUUUUUCACCCAUACACCAUAGUCCUAUCUAUACCUGUUUGUUACAGAUACUUUCAGAUUUUCUCUGUAGAUAAUUGUGUCUGAAAAUACAGCUUUCCUUCCUCCUGUCUAGUCUGGAUACCUUUUGUUAACAUGUUUGGCAUUUGGCCUGUUGUGCUGACUUCAACUGCUGAUACAGUGAGAACUAGGAACGGAGCAUGGACAUCCUACCCUGUUUUUAAUCACAGGUAUUUACCCGUCCACUUUCCUUAGCUCUUAUUCAUCACAGUAAAUUCCCAAAAAGCUCAAACUGUUGGCCUUUUAGAAUUGGUCAGAGGACCUUGGGUUUUACCUCAUUUUCCACUACCUAGGCAGCUCGCUGUCUCUGUCUCUGUCUCCCCCCCUCUCUCCUAUCUGUCCGUCUGUCUAUCUAUGUAUCUCUCCUUUGCUUUUGUUUGUUUUUCUCUCUCACUUUUUAGAACAUUGAGAUACAGUUCACAUACCAUGAAAUCCACCUUUUAAAGUGUUCGAUUCAGUAGUUUUACUCUAUUGAAAGGUUUGUACAACCAUUAUCACUAAUUCCGGACCAUUUUCACCCCCAUCAUCGGUUCCCCUUGCCUUCUCUUAGUUCCUGCCCACUUGCCUUCGGUUUCUGAUUUGGGCAUGUGGACAUUUCUUAUGUGCAGACUCAUGAAAUUUGCCUCCUGUAGCUUUGAUUCCAAGCCACGUCCAGCAGCACAGCUCCAUCACUCCUCUUACGGCUGGGUAGCAUCCUUGGUGUGGCUGUAUCAUUUGUUCACACAGUUGGCAGUGGGUGGUGGACAUUUCAGUUGGACCUGCUUUUUUUACUAUAGUUAUGUUCCUGUGAAUUUUUGUGACCUUUUAUAUGAACAUAUAUUUUGUUUUCUUGGGUUUGGGAAUUACUGGGCUAAAAGUAGUUUCAAGUUUCUGGGAAACUGGCAGUCCACCUUCUGUUCUCAGCAGCACUGUGAGAGUCCAGCUCCUCCACACUUGCCAGUACUUUUGACUGUCUUUUUGUUGUGGCAUUCUAGUAAACUCUUGUGCAGCACAGGCUGAACCUUUCAGGGUUUACCUUAUUCGGGGCUGAAACUUUGCCAACCGAAUAAGCUCCCAACACAUCACUCAGUUGUAGGAAACAGUCAUUCCUAGUACACAGACAAAACUACUGACCUAAAAGAGACAAAAUGGCAUGGAGCAAAGUUUUAAAACUUGACUUUUAGCCAGGCAGCAGUGGCGUACACCUUUAAUCCCAGCACUCAGGAGGCAAAGCCAGGUGGAUCUCUGUGAGUUCAAGGCCAGCCUGGUCUACAGAGUGAAUUCCAGGACAGGCUCCAAAACUGCACAGAGAACCCCUGUCUCAAAAAACAAAAACAAACAAACAAAAAACUUGACUUUAGGCACUAUUAAAACCCCAAGGAGAGACAGUCAAGCUGCUUUGCCAGGGUCUUGUCCAGCUCCUUCCUGUCACAGUGGUACAGAUGUGGUGGCAGUCGUGGGCUGUUUGUGCUGCGUGUGACCCUGGGGAGUCUGCACCAAAGCACUUCUUCCUCUCCGCUCUUAUGGACUGGAGUCUAUUUCAGAACUUAGCUUAGAUUUUAUACCCUUGUCCUUUUUAGUCCCUGGGUCCCUUGAACACUCCAUUGACACUUCUGUUUUUCUACUAGAGAGUCUUAUAUUUGAUAUCAUUGGUUUUGGUUGGUUGGUUUUGGUUUUUUGUUUGGGUUUUUUUUUUUUUUCCAAAUUAAUCAUCAGCUUAUUUAGGGUUAUCACCACGGGUGCUUUAUUCUGAGGGUCACAAAUAGUUUAGGACCCUUCUAUAUUAGUUACUACACGUGUAGCUUCUGAGCCAUGGGCUGGCCAUGUGUUGUAGCCAUCCGGGGGCUACAGGAGCUACCUCUAGGUCCUUCUCAACCCUUCGGAUGCUCUGGUUCCCACAUGACUAUGCAGGCACUCCAAGUAUGGGUUAGAGUUUCUCCCCUCAGAGACGUCUCUGCUCUAACCUUGGAAAGGAGCCUUCUAGAUCCAACAACUGGCACUCAGCAUCCUGGUCCAGACCUGCUUAUGGUUGUGUUGGGAAGGUGUGCAGCGGCACCUGCCAGCUGUUACAGGACUGUGUCCCAGGAGGGGGCGCCAGAGUGCCAGCAUCAGCCCCUUGUCUGGUUGUGUUUCUCCUGAAGAGUAUUCCUAUAUAAUAGCAUGUGGAUAGCAUUCAAGGCAGUGAUGUUCCUAUCCUCUUCCAAUAACAUGGAUGAAAGCAAUUGUCAUCCAUCCCUGAUGAGGAUAUAUUCGGAGAAAUACAUCAUAAGGUGAUUAGUGUGUAUGUGAACAGCAGGGUGUACUUGAACAAGCUGUUGUAACCUCAAUAGAUGAUACAAUCUUAAGAGACUGCCAUCAUGUAUGUAUACAUAAUGACCCAUCAUCUACUGUUAUAAAAACUUAAGAAGGAGAAACAUGUAUUUAAGGACUAGAGAACCAAUUACAAUCAAUCAAUUAGGUUCUCAAGUAAAAACAAAGGAGAGAACCGUUUGAGGGGGGAAAUCAGCAGUUUGAAGGGUACCAUUUAUCUGUGAUGAGUCUUAAAUACUCUAAUUGUAAAAAAAAAAAAGAUAUGAAAAUGUUAAUCUUUCACUUUAACUUUCAAAUGAACAAAUAACUCCUGAAAAAGAAUGCCCGUGGAAUACAGAAGUAAAGGACAAUACACCAACUAAGACCUGAAUGCUAAGGCUGGCGAGAUGGCUGUUUUUGCAGAAGACUCACGGCCCAGGAGCCUCACGUCAUCUCAGACUCCAGUCCGGAGGGUCCAGUGCUCUCUGCUGGCCUCUGUAGCCUCCAUGAGGUGCAUAUGCAGACACUCGGCACACACAAUAAAUAAAGAAAUGCAUCUUUUCAAAGGAAAAAGGAGAAUCCAGUGACCUUUUCACUUUACUUUUUACAGUAAAGGAAUAAAUACAUAAUAAAACAGAAAACAAAAACUUGGGUGGGGACAUCUGAGUGUUUGGGAAAUAAGGGACAGGGUGGCAAUUCCAAUGAAAAUGAAGGCUGAAUUUGUUUCAUGCAGUUUUAUUGCUUACAGGUCAUAUAUAUAAGGAAAGUCACGUAGUAAAAAAUGAUUGGAAUUUUGGCAAUUUUUAUUAGGCAAUGUUUGCUUUCAUAUUAGAAAAAAUAAGUUCCUUGUGGCUCUAAAUUAAUAAACUAAUAGUGAUCUUAUAGACAUGUGUUGUAUUUCAUCUCAACUGACAAUAAGCCACUACUCUAACAUGGAUUUUGUGCAUAUCUGAGUGGGAUAGAAAGUGGUAGAAUCAUCACUGUUAACAUUUACUUUUAAAGAACUAAAGACAUUCAUUCCUGUCAAAUUUGAAGGAACUGCCCAGGCAAAGAAAUGUAAUUUAAAUUUUUUACUGGUAUAUCAUCGAAAGAAAAUAUGUACUAUAAAUUAGAAUGUAAUUUGCCAAGUUCUGAAUAUAGUUAUUAAAUAUAAAGGUGUUGUCUAAAGAAGAUAAUAUUUACAACAAAUAAAAACCAGAUUGUGGAAUAUA